CACAUUAGUAGUCAGGCAACUCUCCUUCUCCCGCCCCUUUAUCUUCCGUCUUUCUCUCUCUUUCUCCUACUUCUCACUAGGUGUUCUCUUCUGGAGUCCUAUUUUCUUAUCUGUCUCUACCUUAGUUGAAUACAAGGCAUGUCAGCUGUCGCAAACGACGGUUUCUCCGUCAUACAUACUAGCGGCCGAACGGGGCCGCCUGAUCUCCGCUUGAUUCACUACAAUGAUGUCUACCAUGUCGAAGCAGGAUCCGCAGAGCCCGUCGGUGGCGUACCGCGCUUCCAGUCUGUCGUUAACUACUACCGCUCCGAUCCCGCUUUCGCCGGUCAACCCGGCGUGCUGACCUUCUUCUCCGGCGAUGCCUACAACCCGAGUCUCGAGAGUUCGGUCACAAAGGGCAAGCAUAUGGUACCGUUUCUGAACAAGAUUGGUACAGAUGUGGCCUGUGUAGGGAAUCACGAUCUCGACUUCGGGGUCGCACAAUUUCGUCAUCUACGCACACAAUGCCAGUUUCCGUGGCUGCUAGCGAAUGUUAUCGAUCCGGCGCUGGGCGAGGAUAUCCCAAUUGCGGAUUGUGAAAAGACGGUGAUGCUGACCGCAAGUAACGGGCUCAAGGUUGGGGUGAUUGGGCUGGGGGAAAGGGAAUGGUUAGGAACUAUUAACGCUCUACCGCCGAACCUCAUAUACAAAUCCGCCUCGAAGACCGCCCUAGAGCUUGCGCCACGCCUGCGCGAGCAAGGCGCGGAUAUUGUCGUUGCUGUUACUCAUCAACGUGAGCCGAAUGAUUACAAGUUGGCCGAGAACCUGACGCCGGGGCUGGUGGAUAUCAUUCUCGGGGGUCAUGAUCAUUUCUAUGCGCAUGCGGUGGUGAACGGAGUACAUAUUCUUCGGUCGGGUACCGAUUUCAAGCAGCUCAGCUAUCUGGAGGCCUGGCGCAAACCAGAUGGGGCGGGCUGGGACUUUGACAUCGUGCGCAGGGACUUGGUUCGGUCCAUUCCGGAAGAUUCGUCGACAACGGCCAUGGUGGGUCGGCUGACAUCAAGUCUGAAGGCCAAGCUGGAGAAGCCCAUCGGGUACACAUCCCGUCCACUGGACGGUCGCUUUUCGACGGUGCGUCAACGAGAGUCGAAUCUCGGGAACUUCGCCUGCGAUCUUAUGCGGUUCUACUAUGGCGCAGACUGUGCAAUGAUGGCUGGUGGCACCAUUCGUGGCGAUCAAAUCUACCCGCCCGGGGUGUUGAAGGUGAAGGACAUCCUGAACUGCUUUCCCUUUGAGGACCCCGUCGUUCUACUUCGCAUCAAAGGUAAAGCGCUUUUCGAUGCCUUGGAGAAUGGCGUCAGUCAACUUCCCGCGUUGGAGGGACGCUUCCCGCAGGUGUCUAAUAUUGCUUUCAGCUACAACCCGUCCGCACCGUCAGGCUCGCGGAUUAACUGGGCGAAGAUUGAUGGACGGCCCGUCGAUUUUGACCGCAAAUAUCUGCUUGCCACUCGUGGUUAUAUGGGUCGUGGCAAAGACGGCUUUGCGUCACUGCUCGUAGAGUCCGAGGGUGGCGAAGUGGAAGAGGUUGUUGACGAGGAGAGCGGCAUUCUUAUCAGCACCCUGCUCCGACAGUACUUCCUUAGUCUGAAAGUCCUAGGGAGGUGGCAGCGAUGGAGCCAGAGCCUCACGCGCCACUGGGACACAGUUCACAAGAACCUGCACGGUGAUGGGUGGCUGAAGGCCCCUUCGGCACAAGCAUCACCGGUCGCCGAGAAGGUUCCCUACCGUGUCCACCGGCCCACGCUGAAUCGCACCAAGCAGAAAUACUACUACGGGCGCUAUUCGCCCAGUGACUCAUCUGAGUCGGAGAGAUCUGACCAGGUGUCGCUGGAUUCGGAUUCCGACACCGACCCCGAGGUUCUGUCGGCGCCUCACCCGACAACAAACUAUGUCACUAUGCCGGCCAAAUCGGCCACGGAGGAAGAACGUCGUCUGCGGCUUGCCCGCAAGGUGACUCGGCUGUGGAUGCGCAAGGCCGGGUUGCAGCCGUCGGCAAUCAACGACGAAGAUCUGGGCGGGUUCACGCCGACGUGGACGCCUGGAAUUUCUCCGAGAUUAGAGGGGCGCAUUGUCAUUGAAGGCGUUUGAUUAGUUAUUGUCUAUUACUUGUCCUUUCUACAUUCUUCUGUUGGGUACAGCAAGCAUUGGAGCAUUUCGGACAUGAGUCAUGAUAUACAGCGUGGGCAUUGUGUUUGGAUAGUGUAGAUACCGGGUUAGACUUAUAAUAUCUGUUCUACAAAUAAA